AACACAGUCUGGCUACAUUCCUGCUUUAAUAUGGCAUGCAUUUAUUAAUUGACAUGCGUUUAUUAAUUGGCAUGCAUGUUUCAAGCUUUAUUAAUGCAUUCCAAGCAGCAGGUGUUUAGCAGCUGAUUAUCGCAUACAUAUGUGCAAUAUUUAUUUUUUAUUUGAUCGAGCCACCUUGAAUCUUCUAGUUUAUAUACAUAUGUGUAUGUUACAAUUGUCAAAAUUGUAGGUUAUAUUUAAUUGAUAUUUAAAAAGAAAACGUAAUAAUGAGCGAUUAUAGAUUAUUUUUUCAUAAGGCAGUUCAACAUUUUGCAAGAUGCUUAGCACCAAUCAAAAAUAUACCCUGGGAAAAAGUUCAACCAGUAUUUUCUAGGUGCCCUACAGAAUCCUCGAAUGGGGUAUUUAGAUUAGAUAGUAGAGCCCAGGAUGCUGUUAUUGCUUUGGGAAUUUACUUCUUGGAGUCUAAUUUUCAACAUGAAAAUGAAAUACUGCCCUAUUUAUUAAAAUUAGCAAGGGGUCUUUCCAAAGCAGUUUGGAUAGAUGAAGUCCGUUAUCACUCAACUCAUAGAAUUCCUGUAGCAGAGAAGUUCAGUUUUUGUCUUCACACACUUUUAACAGACAUAGCAUCAAGAUGCACUCAUUUGCAAGAAGAAAUUUUGUCUACUCAAGUGGAAUGCUUAACAUCUCUAGUACACAUUAUCAGAUGUCAACAAGAACGAGGAAUAAAUUCAAGUGCCCCAAAGUUGUACCUUUGCAAAGGAACAGUUCCAGUUUUGAUUGGUUUAUGCAGGGCAAUGGGGAGGUUUUGUACCAGUGAUCUUCCCCUGCUCUGUAGGAUAUUCCCAAAACCUAAACCACCUAUUCUCCAAAAAGCACCUGAAAAAAACAGUGCAUGCAGAAGUUUCAGCAGUUUUAGACCAAUUAUACCACGUAGUUUGUCUGGAAAUUUACAAGCAACUGUAGACAUUUUAGCUAUAACACAGGGGUAUGAUGUGACAGAUGCCCUGUGUAAUAAUGCAAAUACAUCUUUAAAAUUGCCUUCUUCAAAUUUGGACUAUGACAUAACAACAUAUUUCUUUGCAAAAUUUGGUUCCAGUUUUAAUCAGUUUUCUGAAUUACGAAUAUCUGAUAAUGACAAGAAACCUAAAAUUUUGUUCCCCUUGGCUCACUUGCAAAAUAUUUUAUCAUUAGCGAAAAGGUUACUUACAAAGGAAACAUUGGGUUUUUUAGAUGAGCAGUCUCAUGAAAUUUAUUCGACGGGAUUGGUUAAAAUAUUUCCAUAUAAAACAUUUUCAGAAACAAUUAAUUUGGUAAUGGUGACGCUUUUAAGGGAAUUGUUACAAUCCCAGAAGAAUUUACCUAUUCCUUUCACAAAGGAUGUGCAGGAAUUUGUAAAAGGAUUAUUUUUAAAUGGUCAAACGGAGUUGCAAAGUCGUCACCACGAUGCUAGUGAGAAAGAAGACAGAGAAAGUAAUUAUUCUCUAGUGAAUAGGUUUAAACUGAAUGUAAAAGCUAAUGCUGCAUGUGUUGAUUUACUUGUUUGGGCAAUUGGUGAUGAAACAGGUGCUGACAGUCUGUGUUGCAGGCUGACUGAGAAAAUUAAUUCAAACCAUGGUCACAAGUUAAUUUUGGCCCAUAUGCCGUUGUUAAUGGUUUGUUUGGAAGGCUUGGGAAAACUAGCACAGAAAUUUCCUAAUAUUUCCUCAACAUCUAUCUAUUGCCUACGUGACUUUCUUAUCACACCAUCACCUAUUCUUUCUAAACUUCAUAGACAGUCAACUGAUAAAGCUAGUGAAAAUAUUAAAAUUUCAGUUCAAGGUGAAACUGUUUCACCUGAUAAUCAGAAAUAUGUUUCUCCAACAAAAGUUGCAUUUGAAAAGCUGAGGGAUGCUGCAGUAGAGAAUUUGUGUUAUGCUUUGGAAGCAGCCCAUGCAGUGGACCCUGACUGUGUUAGGGCUUUGGUGGCUAGUGUUUCCAACAGGCUGUUUACUGCAGAAAAAAGUGACGGUGAAUCUUCGUUGAUAUCCACAAACAUCGUCAUUAUGUUGGGCCACGUUGCUGUUUCAAUGAAGGGUGUUCCUAAAACAACUGAAACUAUUUUACAAUUUUUUCAACAGAGGUUCUGUAGAGUACCAUCUGCCUUGGACACCUUGAUAGUGGAUCAGUUGGGAUGUAUGGUGAUAGCGGAAUGCGAGCCGCAAGUGUACGAGGUUGUUAUGAAAAUGUUUACAAUGAUAACUGUCGAAAGUAGUAGUGCUACAUAUGGAAGUGAUUCAGAUGAGAAGAAAAAAUAUAUACAUGUUUCGAAAGCUGUGAUAAACGCUUUGGCAAAUAUUGCUGCAAAUAUAAGAGGCGAAGUGCAUACAAAUGAAUUAUUGGUUCGACUUUUAGAAUUGUUUGUUCAAUUGGGACUUGAAGGGAAAAGAGCUAGUGAAAAAUCUCCAGGUGUUAAAGCAUCUAGUUCUGCAGGGAAUUUGGGUGUCCUUAUCCCUGUAAUUGCUGUUCUUUUAAAAAGACUCCCUCCAAUUCGAAAUCCUAAGCCUCGACUACAUAAACUUUUCAGAGAUUUCUGGCUCUAUUGUGUUGUUAUGGGGUUUACAGCAUCAAAUUCAGGGUUGUGGCCCCAAGAAUGGUACGAAGGUGUUACAGAAAUUGCUGUUAAAUCCCCACUUCUCGUUUCGCAGACGUCGAGUAGAUCGGAAAUGCGCGAAUUGCAAUACACAAGUGCAGUAAGAAAUGAUAGUGUGUCCUAUAAUGAAUUACAGGAAUUAAGGAAUCAGAUAUUGGAAUUGUUGAAUAAUCCUCCGGAAGUUUCAGCCUUUAUAAAUAAAUUAUCUUUUUCCCAAUGCACAUUUCUUCUCAGUGUGUACUGGAUGGAAAUUUUAAGGGUUGAGCAUUCGGGGGAGCCAUCCUUGCAUCCAAUUAUGGAAUAUUUAAGUGACUCAGCACUUCAAAAAGAUAAAUCGGGAAUGUGGCAGUGUGUGGCAUCUGUGGGUGAAAAAAUAUUCGAAAAGUUUUUAGAAGUAAUGAGCAACAAACCCAAAAACGAAGCAAGAGAGGCCGAUCUGGAAGAACACGUUCAGUUUCUGUUAGUCAAUUUCAAUCAUAAUCAUAAACAAAUUAGACGGGUAGCUGAUAAAUUUUUGGCAAGCCUCGUCGAUAAAUUCCCCCAUUUACUAUGGAAUAGAAGAGUUUUAUGGACCAUGUUAGAUAUUAUUCAAGUUUUAUCAUACUCUUUGCAACUAGAUCCGAAUCAAGAAACGACCACUCUACGAAUCCCUGCCACUCCCUAUUCCAUACAACUUAUGGACACUUUGGAAGCCAGAGAAAGGAUUGUAAACGAUUUUGUAGCCCGUUCCCAAGGUAUACUUGAGGAAGCGUUAAAAUGGGCACCACAAUGGACACGUUCUCAUCUUCUGGAGUACCAGAACCAAGUGGCAUCAUCAGGGAUGUGGCAACACUCAGGACAAUCGUUGGCGUUAGAAUCUGUUUUAAGGUUCAUCAGUUUAAAUGAUUCUAGUGUAUGUUUGAGUGGUAACAUUUUGGAAAAACGGCCCAAUUGUAUCAAAAGCAAUGCAGCUCGGUUUGCAUUUGCAUCUCAUCUACGAAGUAAAUAUAACGGAGAGGUUUUGGGAAUAUUGGCUGUUCGUGGUGAUACCGACAGAGAUACUGUUUGUAAGGAGUUUUUCAACAAUAUUUGGGAAAGUUGCCGUAAAAGAUCCGACUCUGCUCAUAGAAACGCAUUGUUUAGAGCAACUGCAUUACUUAUACAUACCACACCUUUAGAUAGGAUGCUUUUACAUGGCGUUUCUUGGUCACAGGUAGAAUUGUUUACCGUUGAAGCAAUGCGAUCUGCUGUGGAGUGUUGGCAAUGGCUGAUAACCACAAGACCAGAUUUAGAAUUGAGAUUCCUCCAAGAGAUGGUGUCAGCAUGGACAUGUACCAUUCAAAAGAAGCUUGGACUAUUCGCAGUCAGUCCUCCUGAGGGAAAUCCAUUUGCUGUUCAUGAGGGCCUGAAAUUGGAUCCAAAUCCACCGUUUGUGAAGCCACAUGCGAUUUGGGUUCAGUUUAUUAGUGAAAUCGUAGAAACUGCAAAGUAUAACAGUUAUGAAAAAGUAGAAAUGUUAGCAACACUUAUACAUAAGUCCUUAUCAAUGGGAGUCGGUAUUUCUCCUUCGUCUCAAACUAGAAACGUGGAAGCUGUUGGAGUAAAAUUCAAGUUGUUGCAGUGUGGCCUUUCUCUUUUGCAAGGAGAUAUCUUACCAAAAAAUUUGGCGAAGAACGUUUUAAGAGAACGCAUUUAUUGUUCUUGUUUUGAUUAUUUCUGCAGACCAGUGGAGUGCCCAUCACAAAAUGUAAACAUUUUAAGGGAAGAUAUAACAACAUUACUUCGAUUUUGGCAAACAAUGUUUACAGAUAAGAAAUACUUGAAAGCAAGCGACGUUGGAGAUUUAGACCUUAAUCCUUCAACUCCUAUCCCAAAUAUGCAGACUUCGGAAAUGUCAAGACCAGGAGAAUAUAACAGACCACAAACAGCUGGUUGGAUAAACACUGUUCCUCUUUCUAGUAGUUCUGCAACAUUAAGCAAAAAAUCUACUAAAUCUAGAAGAGUACCUGUUGCUGAUAAUUUUGUCAAAUGUUACAUAAAGAAAAGGAAUUUAAUUUUAGAACUGCUGGCAGUAGAAAUUGAACUUCUAGUUGUUUGGCACAAUCCAAGUUCAAAAAUAGAAUUUCAAAUACCAGGUGAAGAUAAUAUUACAGCUUGGAGAAUAAAAACGAUAACUGAUAAGCAAUGGCAAGAGUAUGUUAGAUUAGCUUGGGAUAUAUCUCCUGUUUUAGCUGUGUUUUUACCUUUACGACUAAAAAGUAAUGAUGCUAUUGUAAACGAAGUUCGUCGAUUAGUGAGUCAAAAUCCUUUGACUGUGUCCCAUGUACCUGAAGCACUGCAAUAUUUGGUCACUACAAAUGCAAUUCUUAACGACAGUCCCAAGUUGGUUCAUAUGUUAACUUGGGCUAAAGUUACACCUAUUCAGGCGUUAUCGUACUUCAGUAGACAAUAUCCCCCACACCCCAUAACAGCCCAAUAUGGCGUACGCACUCUCCGAUCAUAUCCAUCUGAUGCUGUUCUAUUUUAUAUUCCGCAAUUGGUUCAAGCAUUGAGGCAUGACACGAUGGGAUAUUUAUUGGAAUAUAUGAAAUAUGUCGCAAAAAUAUCACAAAUCGUGGCGCAUCAACUGAUAUGGAACAUGAAGGCUAAUAUGUACGUAGACGAGGAUAUGCAACAAAAAAAUGUUGCACUAUUUGAUGUUCUGUCUUCCUUGCAUCAAAGUAUUGUGUCAGCGUUAUCAGGUCCUGCAAAGGCUUUCUACCAACGGGAAUUUGACUUCUUUGACAAAAUUACUAUGAUCAGUGGGGAAAUAAAACCGUUUCCUAAAGGUGUUGAAAGGAAGAAGGCUUGUUUGGAAGCACUUAGUAGAAUUAAGGUACAACCAGGUUGUUACUUGCCCAGUAAUCCUGAAUCUCUUGUUUUGGAUAUUGAUUAUAAGAGCGGCACCCCUAUGCAAAGUGCUGCUAAAGCUCCUUAUCUUGCUCGUUUUAAAGUUGUCCGAAUUGGUAUCGCAGAACUUGAAAGUAUUGCAAUGAGUGUAUCAACAAACAAAGGAAAUCCAAAAGAAAUAUCAAAUCUGGGUCCCGAAAUCUGGCAAUCUGCUAUUUUUAAAGUGGGUGACGAUGUACGACAAGAUAUGUUAGCUCUGCAGGUCAUAUCGCUGUUUAAAAAUAUUUUCCAAACUGUUGGUCUGGAUUUGUUCCUUUUUCCUUACAGGGUGGUUGCUACAGGUCCGGGGGUAAGCUCAUUUUGCUUAGUUAAUCUGAACUAAUUAUUGUACAUAUGUUCUACACUAAUUAAGAAUACAUGUC